AUGGGAAACACAAUUUCAUACGAUACCAAAGAAAAAAUCCUCGAUCUUGGUCCCCAGGGUAAGAUCAAGGGACUGCAGUACGAUGAUAAGGCGAUACGAUAUGCUGGAGUCCCAUAUGCUUUACCACCAACGGGAGAGCAUCGAUGGCGAAAACCACGACCACUUCCUCCCUCAUAUUCGUAUUCUGGACCAGGGCGCUCUUACGAUGCCACAUCCUUUCGGCCUCCGUGUGCACAAGGAGCCCAGAUCCAUGGCGCUGCUCCAAAGCCUGGAUCUGAGGACUGCCUCGUUGUGAAUAUCUGGACACCGGUGAAGAAACCAGAAGACCCAAACAAGAAAUGGCCUGUGAUGAUUUGGAUCCACGGAGGUUGGUUCCAGAUAGGCAAUCCAUCCCAGGAUCUCGACAUGGAUCCUACUGAGCUGGUCGGAACCAGUGGAUUGGAUGCCAUCUUUGUUGCGGUUGGAUAUCGCCUCAACAUUUUUGGCUUCCUUGCGACUCAAGCCCUUGGCGAUGAGAAUGGAGGCGAGGCAGCUGGUAACUUUGGCCUUUGGGACCAGAGGCUUGCUAUCGAGUGGGUGUACGAAAACAUUGCCAGCUUUGGGGGAGAUGUCAACAACAUCACACUCUCUGGACGAAGUGCAGGCGCCUACUCUGUCGAGGCCCAAACCCUCUACGAAUUCCGAAAGAAGAACAAUGACGGUCCGGCUGAGCCUUUCCAUCGCAUCUUUAUGACAUCAAACGCCAUUCCAGCACAGCCCAAGACCAUUGCUGAAGUAGAAGAGCAAUUUGAUGAAGUUUGCCAAUACCUGGGGAUUGACUUGAGCUUGUCGGGAGCCGAGAGGCUUGCGAAGCUACGACAAGUAAGCCAGGAAACACUUCUGGCCGCUAUCCCGAAGCUUAACAACCAUACCUUCCGUCCCGUUACUGAUGACAUAUUCUUCCAUUCCGGCAUGGUAGAAUACCUCAGAGACGGAGGAUUCGCCUCCGAGUUCAAAAAACGUGGCAUGAAACUCCUCAUUGGCGAGGUGCUGAACGAAGACAAACUCUAUGCCCAGUUCAACGCACCUGAACAAGGAAACAUCGACGCUUUGCGCUUGCAAACAUCCAACUACUACGCUCCAGCAACAACCGACCGCGUCAUCAAGCAAUACAAGCUACCUGAGGGCACAGAUCUCAAUGAAUGGAAGGCCGUUUUUGGAAACAUCAUUGCUGAUGGACAGGUCCGCGCCCCGGGGCGUUUCUUUGUGGACAAUCUGCACAAGCAUGGCGUUCCUGUCUCGGAUAUUUGGAGGUAUCAAAUCGGUUACCGGCUUUCUUUUAUUCCUGAGAAGGUGGCUCCUCUUUCGUAUGGUGUAACACACGCCAUGGAUAAAUCUUACUGGAACUACUCUAUUCACCACGGGCCGACUACCGAGGAGAAAGCCAUGAUGAGUGAAUGGAUUCAAAAUCUCAUUGCAUUUGUCCAGAAUGACAAGGAUUUUGACUUUGGAACCCGGCAAAUUGAGCAACACAAGAUUGUGUCGCCGGAUAUGAAGAUCGAGGUUGUGACUGAUGGUCGUUUCAAGGAGUUGAGUGCCUUGGGGGGCGUCUUUGCUCAAGGUUGA